AAACAUUUCAUGAAGCGAUAACGUAUAGAGUGUAUUGUAAUUGAAGGAUUUAGUUAGAGGGCAUGGUUUUUUUUUGUGUCUGUUUAUUGCAAUUUGAUAUUUCGGAUUUACGUUGUCGUGAGACAUAACGAAUUACGUACGGAGUGCAAAUGAUGAUAUAUUAAGAUCCAUUGAUUGCAAAGUGUCAAAAAAAGAAAAUAGAACGAGUGAUAGAAUUAUUUAAAAACAAAAUAGUUUCAUGUUGUUGCUUUUUCGUGUGUGUAACGAUUACGUUAACAAAAAAAAGGUUAACAGACAAAUAAGACCGAUUAACGGAUUGUGUUGAAGGUGAAAUGUAUAAAUCGUAUGGACUUUUACGACCGCUUGUGUGUUUUGCUGGAAUCAUCGGCAUCCUACAGUCGCUAAUAUGGAUUGCAAUGUCAAUUCUAGCGAUUCUUGCCUAUUUUUGUGUAUUCAAUUUUCGUGGCAUGAUUGCAUCGCUCGGUACGCUAACCGAAUUAACACUGUUCCACAUGUAUUUUCAUGGUCCGUGCUCUCAGUCGGGAAUGCCAAACAUCGAUUUCAAUUCGAUUAAUCGUUUAAAUUUAAUAAAACCGUUGCAAAUACAUAUUUGUAUGUGGGUUUACUGUGGCAUCUCAACGCUAUGGUUAAUCAGUUCGAUAACACUAUUGACAAGUGUUCGGUAUGUAAAACUUCGAAAUGCCAAUUACUUUCUAUUUGUUUGGAUCUUUUUAACGGCCAGUUUAUCGAUUUUGGAUUUGGGAUUAGGUGUUGCAUUUGGGCUCGAUUAUGAUACCUUAAGACACGAAACGCAUAGUAUUCCUGUCGAUGAAAUGGUUGGUACAUCACAACCGCAAUACCUGAUCGUUGCCGCAAAAACAGCAGCCGGUGUAAUGAUGAGCGUGGCAUUGCGCGGAUACACAAUAUGGUUGAUCAAUAUUGUAUUGUGUAUCUAUUUCUUCACACAGACUUUCAAAAUAUCCGAUUAUAAUCGCAUCAAGGCGGCGAUUUCGAAUCCAACGUUUGUUUCACCGGAUGGAACGAUGCGCAAGAAGAUACCACAUCAAAAUACAAGCCCAUAUACAGAAAAAGAUGAUCAAUGGCUUAGUUCACUUCAAAAUUACAGUUAUCAAAUGAGUCCAGUGGAUCGACCAACAAAAGAUGCGUAUCGACAAAAUCAAGCGGCUGCCCUAUUUGAAGAACGAAAACGACAUUAUGAAGCUCAGCAACUGAAUUACUUGCGUUACAUUGAUAAAUUGAAUGGAAGAAAACCACGUGGAAAUUCAACGGUUAACAACGGUCAUGUAAUGAAUGGCCAAGCGUCAACAACGAAAAAACGUCAACCACGUGAAAUUCAUCUACCAGAACCUGAUUACAGUCCAAAUAUUCAUGAUUCGUUUGAAACACGACCACCGCUUAGAUCAGCACUGCGUUCAUCACGAUAUUAGGAUUUCAACUACGCACAAACCAAAAUUCCUUUUAAUUUAAUUUAAUCGUUAGAAAUAAAUUGGAAUAGUUAACGAACCCGAAGUACAAAGAACAUAUUGUACAUUAUAUUUUAUUUAUUGAGACUAAAAAAAAUACAAUAAAUUCUAGUAGAAGCGACAUAAAAUUAAAAUUCCUCUCAAAUACAUACGAAUUCUGUUUAUAAACUCAGUGCGAAAGCAUGACUGAAAUAUGUAUAUCCAAUAAGCAGCAUCGAAACAUCAUUUUCAAACCGAUGUAUAUCAAUAAACAAAACGAAUUUAUAUCUAUAUAAUUUGCGAAACGAUUCCAAAAUAACAAAACAAGAGAGUGAGUAAACAAACAUAUCGUUAUCACAUAAAAACAUAGAAAACUUGGCACAAAUUGAAAUAAUCUCUUUCACGCCAUAUAAUUGAUGUGUUAAAAUUAUAGUCAACUUGAGAUGUAUGACAUUAUUAUUAUUUAAAAUUAUAUAAAAUAAAUCUAUAUCAAUAUCAAAUAUA